AAGGAGAGAGUCAGUGAGAGGCACCGGAGACGAGGCGAGGGGGCGGGGGGAGCAGCGGCGCCAGCCAAUGGGCACCCAUGCUCCCCGAAGAUCCGCCCUUCAGGGCGUGGUGUAUGUAGAUGUCUGGCUGCGUUUAAAAGGCCCAGGAAAUUGUGGUCCGCAAGAUUUUUCCACGACAGAUCCUGCCGCAGUCCGCUCCCACCCCGCUGUGCCGGCCUCGAUGGGCCUCGGCCCUUCAGCAAUCCCGGUCGCUGCCACUGCUGCUGAGUCGCCACGCCAGUGUCCAUACAACAUCACACCUGCUGGCCUGCCCUACCGCUGUCUUCUGUGAACCCUGCCAAAGAGGUAACGCGUCCGGGGCCGAGCUGCGGGGCUCUGCGCCCCCAAGCUCCUAGGUGCUCGCCCCAGUGGGUGUGGCCCGGCCUUGCUGUGCCCCUCUGCCGCACUUCGGUCUCCUCUCGCUCCCUGCCUCCCCAUUUCUGCCUCCACCAGCGGCCCCGAGCUCCCUACCCCCACUGCCAGAGCCUCGGAACCCCAGAGCUAGUCGAGAUGUCCGAGGCGGCAGGAAACCUCAAUAGCCUCCGCUUGGCAAAUGUAGCCUUGCGAGAAGAAUUAAAUGCCCUUCGUGGGGAGAAUGCCAGUUUGGGCCUGCAGCUGGGAAGAGCCCUGGCCGAGGUUAAUUCUUUGCGGAGCAAUGUCUCAAGCUACAUCCGCUGGCCAGUGCCCAUAGUGCCUGUCCUUACUGAAGAGAACUUUGAGUUCCCGCUCAAUGAAACUGACCCCACUCCAGAGGAAGAAGUGCCCUUCUUGUGCUGGCCUCCCCCACGCACCGAUCCAGAGUAUGUCUCGGAUGAUCUUUUGAUUAAUGUGGUUCAGGAUUACACCAAUCCGGACGAGUCCACUGACCCUCCUGUGUCAGUCAGUUCGCCCCCCACUGAGCUGCUAUGCCCAGUGUCCAAGGAGCCGCCCCCGCAGGCCUUUCUGCCACUCCUAGAGCGGCCCGACAUAGAGCCGUUUUCAGGCGACCCAGUCUAUCUAGCUGAAUUUCUGAUGCACUUGGAGACCUUUAUAGCUGAUCAUGAGGAUCAUUUCUCUGGAGGUGCUGAAAAGGUGGCCUUUCUGAUCUCCUAUUUCACAGGGGAAGCUAGGGACUGGGCUAUCUCAGUCACCCAGGAAGGAAGCUCCCUGCAUGCCAACUUCCCGCGCUUCCUGGAUGAAAUCCGUAAAGAAUUCUGUGGCCCCAUCCCCCCGCGCGUGGCUAAGAAGGCCAUACGCAAGCUCAAGCAGGGAGACUGUACCCUGGGCAGCUAUGCAGAUGCAUUUCAGUUUCUAGCCCAGUUCUUGUCUUGGGAUGACUGUCGUCUCAAAAACCAAUUUCUCAAAGGCCUUUCGGAAUUCUUCCGCAAGGAGCUUUUGUGGUGCACUGAAAUGGCUGACCUGGAUGAGCUGAUUCUCGAGUGUGUGGAAAUAGAAAGGAAGGUACGUGUACCCAAGCCAAUCCCACUUCCUGGGGUUCGCAAUGUCUUCUUCCCUUUUACUCCCAGCCCUAAUGAGGAUGAAAACGAAGAUGAAGAACACUACUGUGAGGAUGAGGGUGAAGAGGAAAGUGGUAACAGGCUUUAUCUGAAGGACAUGGGGAAACACAUGAGGGUUUUCCACCAGGAGAUGGGGGAAGAAGAAGAGGAGGAGGAAAUGAGGAAGGAGGAGGAAGAAAUGAAUGAGGAUGAGGAGGAUGAAUAUCAGGAUGAGGAGGGAGAUGAGGAGGAGGAGGAAGAGGAGGAAGAGGACGAGGAGCUGAAACAGAAAGAGGAGAUAAGCAAGAAUGUGGAUGAUGAUGACAAUGAGGAUGAAGAUGUAAUUGAGGUUGACAGCCAGGAUUCAGAGCAGGAGCAAGAGAGUGUGGAGAUCCAUCACUCAGGCCACCAUCACUACCACCACCACUACCAUCAUGGCCUACCCGAGGAGCUGAUAGAAAUGGAGGAGCCUGUCCUUGUGGACACUUCAACCCAGACUAGCUCCACGAUUGGCUACCAUGCUGAGAAUUUCCUGGGCAUGUCACCUCCCAUAAUACAUUCCAGUAGACGGAGGAACCAGAAUCGAGUUCCACUUCUGGAGGGCCUUCCAGGUACCAAUUCUCCAUUCUAUAGCUCUCCACCACUGAUUCGCCGUGCAGGUCGCUUGGGUCAGCGCCAAAUUCGAAGACGCCCCCCAGUGCUAUUCCGCCUCACUCCAAGACAGGGGGGCCACCGAGCUGCUCGUGGCCGAAUUCGCGUGUGAAUGCAGGGGUGAGUUGGCCACCCAGAACACACCCUUCUUUUGUGUCUCCCUCCCCUGCUAUUGCUGCCAGACCUACCCUGCCUACUGACCAGUCCUUCUGCAGAAUUCUAGACCACCUUGCAGCCCUGACCAGAGAGUGAUAUAUGUCCAACCAAAGUCACCUGGGAAAGGAGAGGACAGCAGUAUCUGUCCUUUUGCCACGUGUUUGGCUCAGUCUCACUACAAGCUGGAGAGCAAGUUUUUGGGCCUUGAUGAACUGGUCACCCCUUUGUGUUCCCUUCUAGUUGUUCUAAACCCUCGCCUCUCGUGACUUUCUCUGCACUGUGUUCUACAGUAUUAUCCUGAUUGGCUGACUGAGACUUCACCCAAUGCCUCAUUGAUCUUCCCCAAUGAUUGAAAGGACAGUCUACACUGAACUCUCAAAGCCACUGUGACCACUUACUAGAUAGAACUGAUAGCAAGCAGGAUGGCACCAAGAAAUAUACCUAGAAGCCCACACUGUAUCAUGCCACACUUUCAGCCAAAGGGUCUGGGAGAGAAAUUUACAGUGAGAGUGUACAAGGCUGCAUGCCAAAUGGACACCUUGACUGAGACUUAUUUGCAUCUGGCUGACUAUGGCAGGCUGGAUCCACUUCCAGUACCUGUACUUACCUCCUCUCAAGCCUCUGUCUGUCUCAAGACUUUGAGGCUAGCUUGGCCAAAUUUAGGACCUUCUGUAAUCACACUGCCCUACUGGACACCCCUCGGCUGAUGGAGCUUAACAUGACAGUCUCCACUCUUAUUCUUUUUUUUUUUUUUGGCCAGUCCUGG